UGAAAUAAGAAAUCUUUCUUCCACUUCACCUUCUCACAUUUUCUUCACACUAUACACAGGGUUGGAGGCUCCAUCAGGAACACACCAUGUUGCUACAUCUGCUGCUUCUUCUGUGGACCCAGGGAGUCUGGGCUGUACUCAGAGCCAAAUGCCUCCUGACCCUACAGAGAGAAGAACGCGAUCCAAAGAAUCAUUAUAGACCAGGAGACCUUUACAUCGGUGGCAUAAUCUCUGAAGUCAAGACUCUUUUUAAUCAAGUAACUUUCAAAAGAAGGCCUUCUUCUCAAUUAUAUGCGAAUUCAAUGAUGGAACAUUCAAAAAUGCUAUCCUUCAUUCUGGCCAUCCAAGAGAUCAACCAGGAUUCCCAUCUCUUGCCCAACAUCACCCUGGGUUACACUAUCUAUGAUAAUUUUGACAAUGCAGGUCAUACUUCAGAGGCUUUGCUGGACCUGCUUUCAGAGGGGGAGGCCACUGUCCCCAACUACAGUUGUGGGAGACAGAGAAGCCCAUUGGCUGUCCUUGAAGGCACUGAAACCGGUUUCUCCAUCCAGAUAUCAUCCAUGUUGGGCACCUACAAAAUCCCACAGAUUAGCUACAAUUUUGUUUCCCAGGUUCUGAGGGAUAAAACUCAGUUUCCUUUCUUCUACCCGAUGCUCCCUGCUGAAGGAUUCCAGUAUUCAGGGAUGGUCAAGCUUCUCCUCCAUUUCAGGUGGACUUUGGUUGGUCUGAUUGCCAUCGACACCGAGAAGGGGGAGAAAUUCCUGACCGUCUUGACUUCCAUGCUGAUUAAGAACGGCAUCGCUCCAGGAAAGCAAAGGCUGGAUCGUCACCAGUUUAGGCUGUUUCAUACUUACGUGGGGCGUUUUAAAGGAAAAUCCUUUAUGUGCUCAGAAACCAAGGAUGCCUUUUCUGUGACGGUCUGGAGACGAUGCAGAGAGAGAGAAAAACUACAGUCUCGUCCCCAACAGAUGAAGGAUCAGAUCCUUUCUCUAGACAAUUAUAUCAUUUACAACACCAUCUGGGCUGUGGCACGAGCCUUACAUGCAGCCUUGUUGACCAAAUCCAAGAGGAGAAAGAUGGAAGGUGGGAAGAGCAUAAAAACCCCACGACUGAGGCCUUGGCAGAACAACUCACUUCACAGAGUGAAUUUGGGCAGCGUAGAAAAACGGGGAUCCCUGGAUUUCAAGCUUAUGGCCAAUCCAAAGGCUUUGGAAGAGUUGGAUAAGCUGAAAAAGCCCCUGCCUCCUUCCAGGUGUGUGGAAAGCUGCAAUCCUGGAUACAGGAAGGUGCAACAGGAAGGAAAGCCCAUUUGCUGCUACAACUGUCUUCGCUGUCUUGAAGGAACCAUCUCCAUCAUGGAAGAUGCAGAAAAAUGCAGCAAAUGUCCAGCAGAUCAACAUCCAAACAACAACCGAGAUCACUGUAUUCCAAAGAUUAAAGCUUUUCUAUCCUAUCAAGAACACUUGGGGAUCAUCUUGACUUCCAUUGCCUUGUUCCUCUCUUUCAUCACAUGCUUUAUCUUGGGAACCUUCAUUAAAUUCCAAGACACUCCCAUAGUCAAAGCCAACAAUCGGGACCUCUCUUAUAUCCUUCUUGUUUGUCUCCUGUUUUCCUUCUUCACCCCCUUUUUGUUCAUUGAUCAGCCAAGGAGAGUCACCUGCCUUCUACGACAAACAGCCUUCAGCAUCAUCUUCUCUGCUGCCAUUUCUUCUGUCUUGGCCAAAACGAUCACAGUGUGUGUCACCCGGUGA